GACGGGUUCUGAGGAGAUCUCCUAGUCCCCAUUGCAACAUGUGUUCUUCUGUCAAGUAUGCAGCUUACUGGCUAUCAUACCAAAGUUGAUAGUUUCAAAAGGUGAAAUCAUGAGACAGCAUAAGCUGCCCCAGGCAGAUGACAGGAUCAGCUCACCCAGAACUGACUACGGCGAGUCUAGGCCAAGGGGCCUACAUUUAAUGUGCCGAAUGAUGAGACGUACCUCCACAAUCAUCCUCGCUCGCAAAGCAAAGUUCCAAAGAAAGUUCUGCAGGUGCAGACCACUGCGGGUCCUGCACGUGUUGAACAUUGCAGAACUGUUCCCGGUUCGAGGCUGCAGGAAAUAGCGAUCAGAAAAGCUUGGACCUUGUGGGCGUUGCCUUUGACUUGCCUUUUCAUCUGCGAGUCAGUUGCAAGGAGCGAUCUAGUGAACGAGUUAAAGAAAGUGGAAAGUUUUUAACUAGAUCAACGAGCAAAAAAAUGCAGCUGCGGGAAGAGAAGAAUGAGGAGGAGGAGGAGGAGGUUCCUCUAUUUUGACCCGGUCAAGCUGCAAGCUUGCAGGAGGGCAGGGCAGGCAGGCAUCCAAAUAACAAACUUUAGCAGUGUCUGGAAGCGUGCACGGAAGCAGUAGCAGUUCGUGACCGAGGAGGAGGGAGGAGGCGAAGCUCAUUGUUGGUGUUGCUGCUGACAUUCUGAGCUUAACGAACGAAGGCUUUGUUUUUGACGAUGCGAACUUAGCUUAGAUUAGCUUAGCACCGUGGCCACCUUAAAAUACUGAUUUAGAGCCAUGGCUUAAUUAUCGGUAUCCGACAUGAUCAUGCAUAGUAAUUUCAGCUUUGUACAGAUCCAUAGUAAGUAAUGUGGCCAUGCAUGUGAUAUUUACCUCUGCCAUGGACUAUUGCAUGUCAUUGCCUCGCUUGCAACUGUCACCUGAAUAUUUGUGCGGAUUGACGAUCCAAUCCAGUGGCGAGUGAACUCAAUGAAAGGACUUUUUGUUAUUGUUUGC